UUAACACAAUUAUUUUGUGUGUGUGAGUGUGUGUUGUAUGUCAUAACAAUCUCUUUUAUUGAAAUCAGUUUAGAUAUUGCAGAGGCAUAAUUUCAGUAAAUGUAUUCUCUCUUCAAAUAAGUUUCAUUAUUAGGAAAUUGCCUGCUGCUUCAUUUGAAAUGUUGUGUGUAAAAAUAUUAUGGCUGUAUGAUAUAGAAUUAGUAACAUAAGUACUGUGUAAAUAGCACUGUUAUGCUUUGUAGUGUACAGGAGGGACAAAACUAGUCAUCAUUUCAUUCAUGAUACUAAUGGUGAUUUUUGCAGACCAGACAUGGUUUUGUAAGAGAUGCAGCCCACAUGUCUGAAAAAGAGAAAGACUGUGGUUUAUUGACAUGUAUCUCAAGAUAUGUAGAAAUAGAUGAAAUGUCAAAGAGGUUUAAGGUUUGGCAUAAGUGGGAAGCUUAAAUAUUGUCUGUACUUCACAGAUAAUGCAGGAGAAAAAAAAGACAUCCGCCAGUUUGUCCUGCUUAGGUCACAUUUAACGGAUUUUGUUCUUGUGGUUUAUUGGUUUGCAAAACAUUUUAGGCAGCAGAGGUACGACCUUCACAACUCUGCUUAUUUGUAUGGGUGAUAUGAGAUGAAAGCAGGUUGUUUUGUCGGGGUGUGAAUGUAUAAGCAUGUGUUUGUCAGAGUGUGCCAAAAUUGGAGGUAUUUUGUAAUUUCAUUGUUACACAGUCACAAUUUCCUUUGCAUUUAUUUUUUUACGGUUUGUUUAGGUUUCUUAAAAAAGAUUUAUAUGAGUGCAUUACUACGGAAAACUACCACCAGUUUCACUCAAGGAGAAAUGAUACUUUGAAGUCAUCGGCGAAGUUUCACUAUGACGAACUGCUCAACUACAGAUGUGGACACUUUAACACAGAUUCUGGACUUGGUGAUUUACGUGCCUGUCCUGGUGUUCGGCUUGGCGUUAAACAUUGCAGCACUGGUGGUGUUCUGUGGACUGCUCAGAAAAUGGACCGAGUCCUCCAUCUACAUGACCAACCUGGCUCUGAUGGACCUUCUGUUGCUACUGCAGUUGCCUUUCAAAAUGCAUGCAGCACACCACAAGUGGGCAGAAGAAAAGAAGCUAUUUUGCUCCUUUCUAGAAAGUCUUUACUUUGUAGCUAUGUACGGUAGCAUCUACACAAUUGUGUGCAUCGCCAUAGACCGGUACAUCGCCAUAAACCACCCAUUUCAAGCCAAGCAGGUGCGUUCCAAAAAAAACGCUUUGAUUGUUUGUAGUUUCAUCUGGGUGUUUGUUAUGGCAACAACUUCACCCAUCUACUCCUUCCGGGAAGUGAAAACUGGGAAUUUCACCUGUUUCCAUGGCUUCUCUGAGAGGGGUUGGAGCACUGGAAUAAUCGUGUGCCUGGAGGUCUUUGGUUUUCUGUUGCCCACGGCAGUACUGGUGGCGUGCUCUAUUCAGAGCAUCCGAACUCUCAAAGCAUCAAAGAACAGCAACCACAAGAAGCAAGCUGGUGUGAGAAUAAUCUACAGCAGCCUAGCGGCCUUCCUUGUGCCCUUCACCCCCUGUCACGUGGCCAUAUUCCUGCAGUAUCUUGUCCGUAAUGGCUUUAUUGCAGACUGCAAACAUCAAAAGAACAUUGCCCUUUUCAUACAGGUGUCAAUAAACAUUGCAAACGUGACCUGCUGCUUAGAUGCACUGUGUUACUAUUUCAUUGCGAAGGAAGUCCGAUCCACCAAGGAGACGUUUAGACUGUCCAUGAACAGAGUGAGAACCACCAGCACCUCAGAUGCCUGAGGUAUAUUAAGUUUAUUCAUCUUUCAGAAUGUGUUCUAAUGGAUUUCUAGUGGAAGUAAAGGUGUGGUUGUAACAGCUAAAUUUUGUGGUCGAAAAAAGUUUAUUGUCAAUAGUGAAGUGUGAAGCACAGCUCACAAAAAAAGUAACUUUCAAACCCAACAUCCUUCUUUUGGUCAGCUCAGCAAAUUCACAUGCCAACUUGAACCCACUGCAAAUUUGGCAUGGGGAAAUUUUUCACCCUCACUCGAAAAUCCAGAUUGUGUGGAUUCCUACUGAAAUAACCUGAUUUAA